AUGGAUAUUCUGUGCCCACUGCUCCGUUUGCUGCUCCUUCUCUUGUGGACUCGGGCUGGAGCCCUGAUCAACCUGAAGUACUCAGUGGAGGAGGAGCAGAGAGCCGGCACCGUCAUCGCCAACAUCGCCAAAGAUGCCCGAGACGCAGGCUUUGUGCUGGAUCCCCGGCAGCCCACCGCUUUCCGCGUGGUCUCCAACUCUGCACCACACCUGGUGGACAUCAACCCUGGCUCGGGGUUACUGGUCACCAAACAAAAGAUUGACCGGGACCUACUUUGCAGGCAGAGUCUAAAGUGCGUGAUCUCAUUGGAGGUCAUGUCCAGCUCCAUGGAGAUCUGUGUGAUCAAGCUGGAGAUCAAAGACCUAAACGACAACGCACCCAGCUUCCCCACAGACCAAAUCGCACUGGAGAUCUCUGAGGCUGCCAGCCCGGGGACCAGGGUACCAUUGGAGAGUGCCUACGAUCCGGACUCGGGCAGCUUUGGGGUGCAGAGCUAUGAGAUCACGCCCAAUGACCUCUUCGGCUUGGAGACCAAGGUGCGUGGAGAUGGUUCCCGCUUUGCUGAGCUGGUGGUCGAGAAGAGCCUGGAUCGUGAGACUCAAUCUCAUUACAGUUACAUGAUCACAGCUUUGGAUGGGGGUGACCCACCCAACUUUGGCACUGUGGAGUUGAACAUCAGGGUCCUUGACUCAAAUGACAACAACCCUCUCUUUGAAGAGCCCGCCUACACAGUGAGCGUGCCAGAGAACGCUCCCCCUGGCACGCCUGUCAUCCGCCUCAAUGCCACAGACCCUGAUGAGGGCACCAAUGGGCAAGUGUUGUAUUCCAUUCACAGCUUUGUGUCUGAGAAGGCCAGGGAUCUCUUUCAAAUCAACCCCCAGACAGGCCUGAUCACGGUCAGUGGUGCAAUUGACUAUGAGGAAGGCCAUGCCUAUGAACUGGAUGUGCAGGCCAAAGAUCUUGGCCCCAGUUCCAUCCCUGCGCAUUGCAAGGUGACUGUCACUGUGCAGGAUGCUAACGACAACCCCCCUCUCAUUAACUUGCUCUCUGUCAACAGCGAGUUGGUUGAGGUCAGUGAGAAUGCGCCUCCAGGCUACGUUAUUGCCUUGGUGAGAGUAUCUGACCGGGACUCUGGUGCCAAUGGCCGGGUGCAGUGCAAACUGUUGGGCAGUGUGCCCUUCCGCCUGCAAGAGUACGAGAGCUUCUCCACUAUCCUGGUGGAUGGGCGUUUGGACAGGGAGCAGAGGGACCAGUACAACCUCACCAUCCAGGCUAAGGACAAUGGGAUCCCAACUUUGCAGGCCACCAAAUCCUUCACUGUCAAGAUCACAGAUGAGAAUGACAACCACCCUCAUUUCUCCAAACCUUACUACCAGGUCAUUGUGCAGGAGAACAACACCCCUGGGGCCUACCUCCUUUCAGUUUCUGCAAGGGAUCCUGAUCUAGGCCUUAACGGCAGCGUCUCCUAUCAGAUUGUGCCAUCCCAAGUCAGGGACAUGCCUGUCUUCACCUAUGUCUCCAUCAACCCAAACUCAGGAGACAUCUAUGCCUUGAGAUCCUUCAACCACGAGCAAACCAAGUCUUUUGAGUUCAAGGUCUUGGCCAAAGACGGAGGCAACCCCUCCUUGCAAAGCAAUGCCACUAUCCGAGUUAUUGUCCUGGAUGUCAAUGACAACACCCCUGUGAUAACCGCUCCUACUCUAGUCAAUGGGACUGCAGAAGUUUACAUCCCCAGGAAUGCUGGGGUUGGCUACUUGGUGACGGUGGUCAAGGCAGAUGAUUAUGAUGAAGGGGAGAAUGGCAGACUUUCCUAUGAGAUGGCAGAAGGAGAUAGAGGAUUUUUCGAGAUAGACCAGGUCAAUGGUGAAAUAAGAACCACCAGAGCAUUUGGGGAAAAUUCAAAGACUGCCUAUGAGCUAAUUGUGGUCGCCCACGACCAUGGGAAAACAUCUCUUUCAGCUUCUGCCUUGAUUUUGAUAUAUCUUUCUCCAUCCUUGGAUGCCCAGGAAUCCAUAGGAUCUGUUAACCUGUCCCUGAUUUUUAUUAUCGCCCUGGGUUCCAUUGCUGCCAUUCUGUUUGUCACCAUGAUCUUUGUAGCAGUAAAGUGCAAACGGGAUAACAAAGAAAUCAGGACCUACAAUUGCAGGUAAAGUCUGUCUGUUUCUUGGUACCAGCAAAAAAAAAAAAUUAAAAAAAAUUUAGUGCCUGGCCUUUAUAGCGUGCCAUUUAAAACAAAAUAAAAUUUACUGCAAACCAAAGGAAGGCAUCAAGUCGCUCCACAUAAAAUACCCACGGCCAAUUCCUGGCCGACUUUUUUUUUUAAAAAUGUGUUCACACACACACACAAAUCCCAGUUAGUGAAAUGGAUCUAAUACGAUGGCUUGGCACAAAUUAUCCUUAAUCUAAAACAGGCCAGCUGGGAUCAGUCUUAAAUCUGUACUUCGCCUAUCUUUGGAAAGUGUGUGUGUGUAGAAGUCCCACACACAUCCCUCCUCCCCAAAAGUACAUAAAAUGUUAGUACAAGAAAAAGAACAAGGGAAGGGUUGCAGCUGCCUUUUGGCAUGUAGGUGUGGAUAUAUGCUUCUAUGGAGCUCUGCUCAGGCUUGGAUGUGACAAAUUGCUGGGGUGUUUUGUUAGGGUGGUUUUUUUGAGAAUCACUGGAGUGAUUCUCCAUGGGGGAAGUUUGGGAGUAGGUGCUGUAGUGAUGAAUAAACCCAUACUCACGGCAGUUGCCACGGGUGGACAUUGCUUUUUAAGGGCCUCCUCAAUCCUGUCAAUAGCCUGUCCCCACCAGAUGAGGUCACUGUGGGUGCUUUUUAGAGCUGCACUUGUUUUCUCUGGGAGGUAAGGAACAGGGAGCUGGCAGAACAGGAGAUGAAAGAAAGCAAGGUUCAGCUAGAAAUGUACCACGGAAGCCUUUUUUAAAAUUGUCUUUUUGAGAAAGAGAGAGAGAGAAGGCAAGUGCUUCCUUACACUAGGAAAUUGUGCUGCAGGUUUUGCAAAGAGAAAACAACAGCUAAGCCAUCUGUUCUACUCUCACCCCGGCAAAAACCCCCGCAACUUUAAGCCCAAUUGAUUGCUAAGUCAAAAGGUUGUCCAUAGCUCUUUCCUGACACUUAAAAUAACGCUGUCUUAUUUUUGUUACACUUUUGUUCGGUGAUCUUUUUAAGUCCGAGAUGCGGGGCUCUGCAUGAACCCCCCCCCCGCCUGUAUUUGAAAGCUUAAGAUGUGGAUUGAAGUCCCCUGAAUAUGUAACAGCCAGGCGAUUAUUGUCUGUCUCUUGCUAUUCUCUGUGUUGCACAAGUUAGUAGACAAAUGCUAACCGCACAUGAAUAUCAAUUGGGCGCCAUAAAGGAGCAGCUGCGGCGGCUCAUAAAUGGUUUAAUCCUGUUACGAGCGAAAUAGCCGUGACUUCUCCGUUCCUUCAGUCCUAAGUCAUUUCUGAUGGAAGGGAUGGAAAUUAAUUUUGCCCUCUCUAUUGAAACAUACAAAUGCCUCAGGCAAUUUGGAGAAUCUGGGAGAAUGUGCAGCCUUUUAAAGUUUUAUUUAUACCGAUAUAAUGAUGACUGAGAGCUUGGAGUUUCUCUUUCAUUCAUUUUUACAAUGGGCACCAGGGUUUUGUGUGUGCGCGCACACAGAUGCAUACAUACCUGUGUGUGUACAUGUGUGUUAGUGUGUGCACAUAGGGAAAAUCAGCUGCAAAAAUAAACCAUUAGAUGUACUCUUCUAGGGAGCUACUUGGCUUUUAAAUGAGAGCUAAUACGCUGAAUUUCUUUUCCAUCUUGAUCCAUUAAGCAAGGGCAGGCACUGAACAUAAGCAGGAAAAAAGAAUUUACAGUUGUGUCAACGCCACUAACAGAUUUGCACUUCUGUAUAACCAGUUGGUUUAGUGUGAUGGCUCAGGGAUUAAUGAAGUGUGUGUUAAUUAAAUCAUUGGUCAAUAGGAGGAAACUGCACCAUCACCACCCUCCAAUAAGACAGCAGAACAAAUGCGUGUAGGCAAAAUUUUAGAUUCUGCAUUUUCAAACUUGAAAGAUUUAGGCAAACACAGUUAAGGCAUUUUUAUGUGUCUGGAUCCCCCACACCUGGGGUUUUCGAAAAUGUAUAGAGAUGUACACUGGGAGGAACAUUUCUUGACCGGAGUGAGGAACAAACCAGCUCUUUAUAUAGCCACACCAGAAGAGCUUUGAAAGUGAAUGGAGAGAAGCAUUCUUGGUGCAACGUAUAUUUUCCGUGGAAAAGAGCGGAGGGAGGGGUGGAAGGAGAUGACGAGUGUCAGGAGCUGGGCAGUGUUCUUUAGUCCCACUGGCUCGGUUCUGAUGGCUGCACGUCAGCCUGCUGUGUCUGAUUUUCAGACCUCCAGUGUGUUCAAUUUGGAUUCCUAUCUCUCUCUUCCACUUCUUUUUUUUUAAAUCAACAUCUUCUGACAUUCAUCUCCUAUUACCCUUUCCUUUUCCAGUCCACUGUUCUCUCAGUAAUCCAUUAACCUUGCCUCUGGGGGAGGGUUCUUUAGUUCAGUGGUAGAAUGGAAGCUUUUGCAACAUGUAAAAGGCCUGAGGUUUAAUCCUUGGUAUCCCCAGUCAAGCGAUUUCAGGUAGCAGGUGAUGGGGAAAAGACUUCUCUUUUUCCUGACAUAUUAAAAAGCUGCUGCCAAGCAGAAUAGCUCAUCCUGGGCUAGCUGGCCCACUGGUCUGACUCAGUAUGCAGAACUAUAUGUCCCUUUCUUUUGAUAUCUUUCCACUACUAUCAGGAAAUUUACAUGAUAAUACCUUGGGAACAGGCAAACUUUCCUUCCUUCCUUCUUUCCUCCCUUCCAUCCUGGGUUGCAUUGCUCUUUAAAGUGUCCUAUAUUUCAGUGAAGCUAUAUAAACACAAAUGUGCCAGGGGAGUUUAAUAAAAAGUGCUCUUUCACUCGAUUCAUGUGAUGAGAGGUAAAGAUACUUUUUCUGGCUUAGUGUCGUUUGCCACCCUGGUCAAACUCCCCUGCUAUCAAUUAAGUAAGAAUAUAAGCAACAUCCUUAUGUAAGGUGGAAAGAUCCUCUCAGGUUACUUCCUCUUGUGGUUUCAUCAUUACAGUUCCUGGAUUUUCAAGCCAGGCAAUUCUGAAAGUUAAGUGGACCCCACUUUUGGAAACAAGUAUUUUCAGGCCUUGCUUAAAGUUGAACUGAUUUCUUUCGGAAGACUGCAGUGCCUGGCAUCUUCUCUGCAUAUCUACAUCUGUGUGGCACUGAUAACGAUACACAGUCCCCAACGGUAAUACCAAGCUAUGGUUACUUCAAUCUAGACUUACUGAGAUAACGCUGAAUGCGGUCAUGUUUUUAAUUAUUUUUCUGGUCCUUGUUUACUGAUAACUCCACUCCUCUGUCUCCCCCACUCUUUACCUUCUUUCCUUGUGUACAAGAGACAAAGCAGACCUACAUUCUGUAAACCGAUUGAAGGUCAAAAAGAUAAUUUUCUCCUUCUGAAGCGCAACACCUUUGUCUGCCAAAAAACAAACAAAACAAAAACAGUAGCCAACAGGAAUGUUAAGUUUGAAGGGAGCAGGAAAGAGCUGGCAUUGGGGAAAAGGUUCUGACUGGCCAGAUGCGAUGAGGAGAAACGAAACUGAAAAGAAAAGGCAGUCUACAGAUGCAAUAACAUUUUCAAGACGGAUGUUGCAUCCUGGUCCACAAGUUCACAAAAGCGACUUGCCCACAGAAAUGCUUACUGGCCCAUCAAACUGCUUUAAAAGGUCAUCUGACUUUGUGGCCACUGUUUUACUCACCGCAGGUGACCAGACAAGUGGCUGUUCACAAGUUUGCAUUUGAUAGUUUUACAACACACCUACAGGGGAGGUCGGGCAAAAUGUUUGCGUCAGGUUUAUUGCUAUUGGAAAUCGCAAAUAGAACUGCUCCUUUCUCUGCUGGUUUUUUUCUCUCUCCUUACUUUUCACGUUUUAUAUUAAUCCGUUUAAAUAACUUUUCAGAUCCUUAUUACCAAUGGAAAUGCAUUCACUUUUCACUUCAUGGAUUUUUACAUAAAUUAUUUUCUUCCCUUUUCUGCAGGCUGAACUAUAUCUCUGGUAACUAGAUAUCAACAAUUCUAAGCAGCAGACAAAGCCAAGGGAACUUUUUGUGUGUGUGUCCUUAUUCCUCACUUGUUGUCUUUAUGUGUCUGACCAACAAACUUUAUGCCUGUGAAAAAAUAAAGACCCUCCGUUAUCACAAGAGCCAAGUCGAUGACCCUGCAGGUGGAUGGGCAACCAGUCCUUUGGGAUUCUCUGUUGACUAGUAUACAGUCUUUUUUUGAGGAUGAAGUAAGAUACUCACUUUGCUUUCUUGUGUCCUGCAGAAUUGCAGAGUACUCCUAUGGGCACCAAAAGAAAUCGAACAAGAAGAAAAAAAUCAGCAAGAAUGACAUCCGCCUGGUGCCACGGGAUGUAGAGGAGACCGAUAAAAUGAACGUUGUGAGUUGCUCCUCCCUCACGUCAUCUCUCAACUACUUUGACUACCACCAGCAGACCUUGCCUCUGGGUUGCCGCCGAUCUGAAAGCACUUUCCUCAACGUAGAAAACCAAAACAACAGGAACACGGGGUCCAACCAUAUCUACCACCACACCUUCACCGGCCAGAGCCCUCAGCAGCCAGAUCUCAUCAUCAAUGGGAUGCCACUUCCGGAGGUGAGUGUGGAGGGGGUGGGACUUGAGAAAUGUUGA